CCUUCAGCAGCAGCUGAAAUUUAUAAGUAUAGAGACUUAACUGUACAGGAGACAACCAGUGUUAUUACGCAGUACAAGGACCUCAAACCUGUCAUGGAUUCAUAUGUUUUUAACGAUGGUUCAUCUAGGGAGUUGAUGAGCCUCAGUGGAACCAUUCCUGUGCCUUACAGAGGUAACACAUACAAUAUCCCAAUUUGCUUGUGGCUGCUGGACACCUACCCUUUCAACCCCCCAAUUUGUUUUGUUAAACCCACUAGCUCUAUGACAAUAAAAACUGGGAAGCAUGUUGAUGCAAAUGGAAAGAUAUACCUUCCUUAUCUGCAUGAGUGGAAAUACCCCCAGUCAGACUUGCUGGAGCUGAUUCAGGUCAUGAUCGUUGUGUUUGGUGAGGAACCUCCGGUCUUUUCUCGACCUACGGCUUCGUCAAGCUACCCACCAUACCAGGCAACAGGCCCGCCAACAACUUCCUAUGUGCCGGGCAUGCCAGGUGGGAUAUCUGCCUAUUCAGCAGGAAGCACUCCAAACCCGAGCUACCCAAACUAUCCUUAUCCGGGUGGUGUUCCAUUUCCAGCAACCACUAGUGUUCAGUACUACCCUCCUCAGCCUCCUGUGACUACUGUUGGCCCCAGUAGAGAUGGAACUAUCAGUGAGGAUACCAUUAGAGCUUCCCUUAUUUCGGCAGUCAGUGAUAAACUGAGAUGGCGGAUGAAAGAAGAAAUGGAUCGUGCACAAGCUGAACUCAAUGCUUUGAAACGGACAGAAGAGGAUCUGAAGAAAGGACACCAGAAACUGGAAGAAAUGGUAACUCGCCUGGAUCAAGAAGUGGCUGAAGUUGACAAGAACAUUGAACUUCUGAAGAAGAAGGAUGAGGAGCUCAGUUCUGCCUUAGAGAAAAUGGAAAGUCAGUCAGAAAAUAAUGACAUAGAUGAAGUUAUUAUUCCUACAGCACCACUUUACAAGCAGAUCCUGAACUUAUAUGCAGAGGAAAAUGCAAUUGAAGACACCAUCUUCUAUCUUGGGGAAGCAUUGAGACGUGGAGUGAUAGAUCUAGAUGUCUUCUUAAAGCAUGUACGUCUUCUGUCUCGCAAGCAGUUCCAGCUGAGGGCAUUAAUGCAGAAAGCAAGGAAGACUGCUGGACUCAGUGAUCUCUACUAAAUUCUCAGACUUUAACUGGGAAGUUAGAUUUCCUUAUGAGCAGACAUUCUCUUGAUAUUUCUCUUAAUCAGUAGGUGCCCAGAAUAAGUUAUUACAUCAUUCAAGUGUAAGAUAUUUUGAAUCAAUAAUAUAUUUUCUUUUUGGUAAAGACUAGCUUUUAUUAAUGCACUUUCUAUCUCUUGUAAUCUUUGUGCUGGUGGACUUAACGCUGAAUAAAACUUGUUGCAUAUUUUCUUCCUCUA